CCAUGGUGCCGACAAUGCACACUGUACUCUUUGAUGGCCUUUUUUAGCCAUGGUGCCGACAAUGCACACUGUUCUCUUUUAAUGUCGUUUUAUAGCCAUGGUGCCGACAAUGCACACUGUACUCUUUGGAUGGCGUUUUAUAGCCAUGGUGCCGACAAUGCACACUGUACUCUUUUGGUUGCGCUUUAUAGCCAUGGUGCCGACAAUGCACACUGUACUCUUUUGAUGGCGUUUUAUAGCCAUGGUGCCGAGAAUGCACACUGA